AACCCUCAGAAGCACGCGCGGAGCGACGCCGGGACGACGCGGGACGUCUCUCUGCCUCGACAUGACGUCGGUCAAGUCUCUGCGCGUGGCGGGCAAGAAGGCGGCGCAGAGAUGGCACCAGUACCUGGCGGCGUUCCUAGUGAACAUCGUCUCCGUGUCGGCGGGCACCACGUACGGCUGGCUCACGCCCAUGCUGCCGCUGCUCCAGUCGGACAGCUCGCCGCUCGGCAUCCCGCCCAUCUCGGACGGCGAGGCGUCGUGGAUCGCCUCCGUCGCGACGCUGGCGCGCCUCGUGUCCAUCCCGGCAUACAUGUACUCGCACGACCGCCUGGGCCGGCGCGUCACUGCCUACCUGACCGCGGCGCCGCUCGUCGCCUGCUGGGCGAUGCUGCUGGCGGCGCGCUCCGCGCUCAUGCUGCUGGUGGCCAGAUUGCUUUUCGGAGUAUCGAGCGCCGGGAUAUGCUUGCUCGUCCCGUCGUACCUGAGCGACAUCGCUGAAGACGACGUGAAAGGACAGCUGGGCGUGUUCUACACGCUGUCCAUCGACGUGGGGCUGACCAUGUCCUACGCCAUGGGCCACUACAUGUCGUACGUGGCCUACAACACCUGCUGCCUCAUCCUGCCAAUCGUGUUCGCCGCGGCGAUGUUCUGGCUGCCAGAGUCCCCCAUAUUCCUCAUGACGGAGGGCAAGACCGAGGAGGCGAAGAAGGCGCUCCGGUGGCUGAGGAACGGACAGGACAAGGAGUUGGAGAUCGACCGACUGAAAGCCAGGGCGGAGGACACUUUGAAGAAGCGCCAGACCAAACUAUCGCUGUCGGACAUCACGGAGCGAAGCACCAUGAGAGGCAUCCUCAUCAACCUCAGCCUCACCUCCGUGAGGUACCUGUGCGGGGUGAACGCCAUCAUGACCUACACGGUGGUGAUCUUCCAGGAGGCAGGGUCGACCAUCGAGCCCAACCUCGCGACGAUACUGGUGGGGGUGCUGGUGAUCAUCGGGUCCGUGUUCUCCUCGCUGGUGGUGGAGAGGUGCGGCCGGCGACCGCUGCUCAUAUACACCACGGUGCUUCUGGCCGUCUCGCUCAUCUCCCUGGGCGCCUUCUGCUACCUGAGGAGCCUGGGCUGGGACCUGGACCACCUGGGCUGGCUGCCGCUCGCCUGCAUGUGCCUCUACAACCUGGUGCACGGAGUCGCGCUCAGCCCCUUGCCCAGCGCCAUCGUCAACGAGACGGUCACCGUCCACGCCCGCGGAGCCGUGCAGAGCCUCUGCAACAUCGUCGGCGCGGUGUUCUCCUUCGCCGUGCUCAUGACCUACUCGCCGCUCACCAAGGCCGUGGGGCAGCACGGCUGCUUCUGGCUGUACGCCUCCGUGUGCGUGGCGGGCACCGUCACCAUGUACCUCACCGUGCCGGAGACCAAGAACAGGAGCAUCGAGGAGGUCAUCGAGCAGCUCAGGAGCGACCACUACGUCCGCUCAGUGCUGCAGAAGAGGCCCCGGCCCGGCGACCCGGCCUACUGCGACGAUCACAGCGACGUCUUCAGCUGCGACGAUCACAGCGACGUCUUCAGCUGCGGCGGUCACACCGACGUCUUCAGCUGCGGCGGUCACACCGACGUCUUCAGCUGCGACGAUCACAGCGACGUCUUCAGCUGCGACGAUCACAGCGACGUCUUCAGCUGCGGCGGUCACACCGACGUCUUCAGCUGCGGCGGUCACACCGACGUCUUAAGCUGCGGCGAUCAAAGCGACGUCAUCAGCUGCGGUUGUCACAGCGACGUCUUCAGCUGCGGCGGUCACAGCGACGUCUUCAGCUGCGGCGGUCACUGCGACGUCUUCAGCUGCGGUUGUCACAGCGACGUCUUCAGCUGUGGCGAUCACUGCGACGUCUUCAGCUGCGGCGAUCACUGCGGCGAUCACUGCGACGUCUUCAGCUGCGGCGAUCACUGCGACGUCUUCAGCUGCGGCGAUCACUGCGACGUCUUCAGCUGCGGCGAUCACAGCGACGUCUUCAGCUGCGGCGAUCACAGCGAACAGCGAACAAUGAACAAUGAAACAAUGUUGUCCGAGCUGGCCGACAGAAGGAUGCUGCGAGGUCUGUUCAUCUGCCUGGGGCUCACCCUGAACCAGCAGCUGAUGGGGCUGGCCAGUUGGCCAGAUGGCCAGUUGGCCAGAUGGCCAGAUGGCCAGAUGGCCAGAUGGCCAGAUGACCUCACCACCAUCCUCCUGGGUGCGCUGGUGGUGGUUGGCACCUUCUUCUCGUCGCUGGCCAUCGGGAGGUUACUGCCCAUCGCCUCCGACGUGGUCAUCACCCUGUCGGCGCUGUGCGUGCACAUCCUGAGCUCCGGGUUAGGAGGACUCGGGACUCUGCCGUUCACCAUCGCGACGGAGCUGGUGCAACCACGACCGCCGCGGCCUCGUGUGCAGACCGCCGACACGACGAUGCCGCUGUCGGUCUCGACCUUCGGCCUGACUCUGGGACUCGCGUCCCUCUCAGGGCGCGAGCUGACGAGUCAGGGUCUCUCGCUUGUUGCCAUGGAGUCUGCGCGGAAGCAGUCGAUCUCACCCUCCGAGGAAGCUUGGAAACCCCACGGCCAGUGGCGCCAAUACUUGGUCACCGCCAUGGUGAACAGCGUAACAUUCUUAGCAGGAACCACGUACGGUUGGCCUGCACCGAUACUGCCCGUCCUCCAAUCAGCGGACUCCCCAGUCGGCAUCCCGCCAAUCACAGACGACGAGGCGUCGUGGCUGGCGUCAGUUUACUGCCUGUCGCGGAUUGCCGCCCUGCCUUUCUUCAUGUACAUCAUCGAGCGCUACGGGUGCAAGGUCACAGGUUACUGCGUGGCCGCGCCGUUCGUAGUCAGCUACGCAAUGCUGCUGUUCGCCAACUCUAUGGGCAUGCUGUUCUGGGCGAGAUUCAUCACUGGGAUCGCGUCUGCAGGCACUGGAAUUCUCCCUCCCAGCUACACAAUAGACAUCGCCGAGGACACGAACAAGGGGAAACUGAACGUCAUCUACGCACAGACGAUGAACGUCGGCAUCACGCUCUCCUACGUCAUGGGCUACUACACCUCGUACACGGUGUUCCACGCGAGCUGCCUGGCCAUGAGUGUGGUGUUCACCGCCGGCUUCCUCUGGCUGCCGGAGUCCCCCCUCUUCCUGAUGACCGUCGGCAGGACGCAGGAGGCGAGGGAGACGCUCAUGUGGCUGAGGAACGACCAGGAGAGCGAGUUCGAGCUCGAGAGGACGAAGACCAGAGCCCAAGAAGUUUUGGCGAAGAGAAAAGAAAAGGUGUCUUUCAACAAAUUCGCCGACAGAACGAUGUUGCGAGGACUCUUCAUCUCCUUGGCCCUCACCCUGAACCAACAGCUCAGCGGGAUAGGACCGAUCAUAUCGUUCGCCGUGGCCAUCUUCCAGCAGGCCGGGGCGGCGAUACCGCCGAACCUAACCACCAUACUGCUGGGCGUUGUAAUGAUCGUCGGCACGCACUUGUCCUCCAUGGCCGUCGAGAAGUUCGGCAGGAGAUUCCUCCUGAUCGGCUCCGACGUCGUCAUCACCGUCUGCCUGUUCGCCGUCGGCGCGUACUUCUACCUGCAGCAGCUGGGGCGGGACGUGUCCGGAGUCGGGUGGCUGCCGGUAGCGGCGCUGUGCGCGUACAUCCUCAGCACCGGGGUGGGACUCGGGACCCUGCCGUUCACGAUCGCCACGGAGCUGGUGCACCCCAAUAGCCGCGGCCUCGUGCAGACGGCCAACACGAUGCUGCUGUCCGUCCUGGCCUUCGCCUCAACGCUGGGGUUCGCUCCGCUCGCGCGCGCAGCCGGGCAGCACGGCUGCUUCUGGCUCUUCUCCGCGUUCUGCGCCUGCGGGACCGUCUUCGCGUUCUUAGCCCUGCCGGAGACGAAGGGCAGGAGCCUGGAGGACGUCCUGGAGCAGAUGGGCAGCGAUGGUUUCAUCCGCUCGGUCGUGUGCUACAAGACGGACACCCGAGCUGACAGAACUAGAGAACCAUAUCUUACCAAAGAAUCAACGAAGGCAUGAAAUUUUCAGUAAUGGACGUCUGAAUUUAACUAGAGAACCAUUUUUUUACCAAAAAAUCAACGAAGGCAUGAAAUUUUCAGUAAUGGACUAUCUGAAUUUAACUAAAGAACCAUAUUUUACCAAAGAAUCAACGAAGGCAUGAAAUUUUCAGUAAUGGACUAUCUGAAUUUAACUAAAGAACCAUAUUUUACCAAAGAAUCAACGAAGGCAUGAAAUUUUCAGUAAUGGACAUCUGAAUUUAACUAAAGAACCAUAUUUUACCAAAGAAUCAACGAAGGCAUGAAAUUUUCAGUAAUGGACAUCUGAAUUUAACUAAAGAACCAUAUUUUACCAAAAAAUCAACGAAGGCAUGAAAUUUUCAGUAAUGGACAUCUGAAUUUAACUAAAGAACCAUAUUUUACCAAAGAAUCAACGAAGGCAUGAAAUUUUCAGUAAUGGACAUCUGAAUUUAACUAAAGAACCAUAUUUUACCAAAGAAUCAACGAAGGCAUGAAAUUUUCAGUAAUGGACAUCUGAAUUUAACUAAAGAACCAUAUUUUACCAAAGAAUCAACGAAGGCAUGAAAUUUUCAGUAAUGGACAUCUGAAUUUAACUAAAGAACCAUAUUUUACCAAAGAAUCAACGAAGGCAUGAAAUUUUCAGUAAUGGACAUCUGAAUUUAACUAAAGAACCAUAUUUUACCAAAGAAUCAACGAAGGCAUGAAAUUUUCAGUAAUGGACAUCUGAAUUUAACUAAAGAACCAUAUUUUACCAAAGAAUCAACGAAGGCGUGAAAUUUUUCAGUAAUGGACAUCUGAAUUCAUCCCAAUGAAAUUCACUGUGCAGAAAUAAAAUUCAAAAUUAUAUAUUAUCUUUGAAAUAUUUGUGCAAUGGGAGUGCAUGACUUGAUGUAAGCUUUUGGACAUGCGCCAUUGCUAGCACAUGUAUGUCUGUGUUUUUUUAUGUAGUUUUCUUCUACAGACAUACAUGUGCUAAGCAAUGGCGUAUGUCCAAAAGCUUACAUCAAGUCAAAAUUAUAUUCCACUCUUUUCAAACAAUACUGAAUUUACUGGAGUUAAGACAGAUAUAACUUCAUGAAAAUCGAUGAAUUCGGAAGGGUCUUGUCAAAUAAAAUAUUUUUUUUUAAAAAUAUAUAUGUAACAAACAAUUAUUUUACUGAUUGAAAACCAUUUGUGAUUUCUGAAUUUUCGAUUACUUGAAAUUCAACAAAUAUAUUUAUUUUAUACGAUUGUAAA